CUAAUGCAACCCAUUCAAGGGUCACAAAGUCACCAUUCUCACUGCCGUUGGCCACCAUCUCCGGCCAUCCACCUUCUCACCAGUACACUACUCCCACCUUCAUGAGCGGAAUACCGUGAACAGCUCCAACCAACCCACCACCGUCAUACUCUGUUGUUUUCAGUUUAAUCUUUUUACAGAGAACAGGCGCGAGAGCAAUGCAGAUAUUCCCAGAAAGUGUGCAGAAACUUUGGAAUGAAUGGGAGCUACGCUUGAUGGUUCUACUAAGCCUUUUCCUACAAAUCGUCCUAAUCAUCUUUAGCAACCGACGAAAGUACACAGUCACACCUUGGAUCAGAAUCCUGAUUUGGUCGGCCUACUUGUCCGCAGACUGGGUGGCGACAGUAUCCCUUGGUACCCUCUCAAACAGCCAAGGAGAUUCGGAAGGGAAACUUCUGGAUCCAAACUAUACCCUCAUGGCGUUUUGGGCGCCAUUCCUUCUCUUGCACCUUGGUGGUCCGGACACUAUCACGGCUUACUCCUUAGAAGAUAAUGAGUUGUGGUUAAGGCACUUGCUUGGACUAGUUGUCCAAGUUGGAGUGGCUUUCUACGUGUUUCUGAGGUCAUGGGCAGGAACUCCACUCACAUUUCUAUCCAUCCCAAUGUUUGUGGCUGGAAUUAUCAAGUAUGGAGAGAGGACGUGGGUUCUGAGAUCUGCAAGCAAGAAUCACUUUAGAGAUUCUUUGCUUCCAGUUCCUGAUCCUGGACCUGAUUAUGCUGAGUUCAUGAAGGAAUAUGGUUCAUUGAAAGACAAAAUGGACGUUUCUAGAACCAGGAAAGAAAAGACUGGUGAAAAUCCACUUCAAUCUACCGUUGGUGAUGACAUCACUAUUCCGAGUGGAAAAUAUAUUUAUAAAGCUUACUACUUAUUCGAGAACCAAUUCAGGCGUCUAUAUGCAGACCUCAUCCUCAGCUUGGAUGACCAGCAAAACAGUGAGCGCUUCAUCAAGGAAUUGCCAUUCGAAGGGGCCUUCGAAGUGGUAGAAAUGGAGCUUAGUUUCUUGUAUGAUGUGCUCUACACCAAGGCAACAGUGGUUUAUUCUCUACUAGGCAUUUUUCUCCGCACUACCAGCUUCUUGUCCACUAUUUCCACCUUAGCGGCCUUCUACUUCUUUAUCCAUAAGCACCAGUUCUCAAACAUUGACAUCAACAUUACUUACACGUUACUUUUUGGAGCAAUUUUUCUGGAGAUUUACGCUAUCAUUAUGCUGAUUUUGUCUGACUGGACCAUUGUCUGGUUGAGCAGUAAGAAGUGCUCCCUGACUGGUUCCAUUUGCCGAGCCAUUACCUCUUUUCGAUCGGUUCUAACGAGUGACAAGAGAUGGUCUAGACGCAUGGCACAGAACAACUUAAUCGAUUCUUGCCGCAGAGACGAAAUUGAUGAGGUUCCUAGAUUCUUUGACAUGAACAAAUUCUUGGAGAGGUACUGGUACGUGACUUGGGAGAAGGUCGAUGACAUGAAGGAACCCAUCUUCAGCUGCCUCGUAGAGAUGACAAACGAUGUCAGGGAUCUCAAGUCGCUAGCUACUCAAACAUAGAGGUGAUUAUGUGACCAGAAAAAAUGGGUCUUUUGAUAAACUUGGUUGGAGUAUAGUUGAUGUAGAAUUUGAUCACAGCCUCCUCCUUUGGCAUAUUGCUACAGAUCUCUGUUACCCUUGUGAUGUGGACGAAUCCCCAGAUACCAAUCUCAAAUCAACAUGCAAAAUAAGCAAAUGUUUGUCUGAGUAUAUGUUGUAUCUGUUAGUUAUGUGUCCAUUUAUGCUGCCAAAAGGGAUAGGGGAGUUGAGGUUCCGAGACACUUGUUCAGAGGCUAAAAGAUUCUUCCAGCAAAGAAGGGAGUCCAUAUCUAACAGAAAUGAGGCUUGCAAAUUGCUGCUUGAAGUUGACACGGAAGUUGAGCCAAUAAAAGUGAAAGGAGAUAAAAGCAAGUCGGUGUUAUUCGAGGCAUGUAGGCUUGCCAAAACGUUGAACACACUGGAA